AUUGGUAUUGUCAAAAAGUUCGGGAUAUAUCAGUGCCGAUGAAAAAAUGGUUUCACGUCUAAUAGCGUUUGAAUUAUCGCUAAUUGAGUGAUCUAAUACAAUCUGCUGUGACUUUAGAUGUUUCGUUCAUCGACUCGGUUGUGUUAUUUGGUUCGUGAAUGAUGUUUCCCAUGGAGAAAUGUGCGGGGCAUACUGGCACGGGGAGUACUGAGGUGCAGGGUGGUGAACUAUUCGCCGGCGGAGGCGAAGGGUUGGUGAAGGAAGGUGUUCUAUCUGACGAGGUGGCAUCCGCGGUGGCGGCGGUGUCUGACGAGAUCGGCGACAUCCUGAAGGAUGAGUUAGAUGCAGACACUGAGCUCGCAGACCUUAGCGCGGAGCUGGGACUCCUCGCUGGCUUAGCGGACGGCGAACAGUCGCAGGAUUUCCCCUCACUGUUCGAAAUAGCCAUGGGUCACCGAGGCUCGGGGUCCGGUUCGUCGUCAUCUUCUUGGUCGGGGGGCCGGGGGGGCCGCCGCCCCGCGCGCCCCCAGCGGGUCACGAGACGACGCCCCAUCGCUAAAGGGAAGGAUAUGUGCCGGCGCCGCGCCGCCGCCGCCCGCCGCGCGAUAUCGAUGCGCGUGCGCCGCGCCGACGCGUCCGACGCCUCCGAUGCGUCCGACGUCGGCGCGGACUCCGAUUCCGACGACCAGUGGACGGAGCUUGACGACCAAUCUGGCUCAACGGACAGCUCAUCCCUCAAAGACGCCAUGAAGGAUGCAAUCAGCAUGGACUGCUUUGAAGGAACCGCCUGCCCGCCGGCCAUGGGCCAGUUCCUGCUGCCACUCCUGGGAGCAGACCCCGCGACACCGCGCGCAGACUUCCUGGUGCGCCACGAGGACAUCCUGCAGCUGCUGGCAUCAGCAGAGGAGAGCGUUCGUGACGAAGCGCCGAGAGAGGAUGACGCGCCAGCGGAGCCCCAGCCUGACGUGCCGGAGGAAGAGGUCCCGUUCACUCCCGAGGAUGAGCCUCCCAUCACUCCCGAAGAGGAGGCGGCACUCUUGCAUCUCGUGUGCGAAGAGUCACCAGAGACGGAAGAGGACAAACUCGUACCGGUGUCGGAUUGGCUGCUGGGCGUCUACCACUCGUGGUGCGAGACCAGCGCUCUAAUGUACACCCUCGUCGGCAGUAACAUGAGCGUCGAGAUGCUGACCUCCGAAUGGAUGUACCGGGCUCGCUUCGGGUGCCACUGUCGUGCUUGCGUGUGCCUCGCAAUCGGUGCGCGUCCGCUGCACGCCUUCGUGCGCCGCGUGCUGCGCGCGUUGCACGCUGACGGGUCAGCAGAGUGCGCACGCGCCGCCGCGUGCAUGGUGCGUGCUUUAGGCGCGUGCGGCGCGCGUCGGUGGGACCUACCACGCCUACGACGCCUGCCCGCCGCCGCUGCCGCCGCUGCCGAGUCGAUAGUCCACGAGGAGCUGGUCCGGCUGUCGCAGCAGAGUGACAUCGCGGAGGAAAUCGUGACUAAAAUCUGCCUGUGCCGGGGGUUCGACAAGCCGCUUGAAAAGGAGUACGCCAUGGAAAGGUUCUGCAGGAUACUGGAGAACUUCAAGGCUGCUUCUAAUAUCAACUUCAAGGUGGAGAUGAUCCCCAUAGACGGCUCAGCGGCCCCGGGCUACGUGUUAGCGCGGACGUUGCAUCCGCAGAAACACGGCAGCACCAGCGAGCGGCUGCACGACAUUCACGCGCGGAGCACGCCGCACACCGUGAACGCGUGGGCGGGCUACAAGCACAGCUGCGACUGUCUAACGCCGCGGACGCUGUGCUCGCAGCAACGGAAGCAGCUACUGAGUUCGUACUGUUCCAGGAUAUCGUUCUUCGGGAUGAUGCAGGCGGUCAACCAGUUUCAAGACUCCAAGUGUGAGGCCGAGGACACCCAUCACCUCGAUGAUAAGUGA